AUGGUGUAUUGUUAUGCUUUUGGCUGUACGCAUCGCACAGGGGCCAGACAGGCUUGUGGACUCUACAGGUUUCCGACUAAUGACAAGGACAGAAAGAAAUGGAUUGACAGAUGCAGACGGGCAGACAGGCAAUAUAACAGCAACGACCGGAUAUGUAGCUGUCAUUUUGUUGAUGGGAAGAAGGAGAAUGGUCCAACCAUCUUCAGCUUCAGUAAAGAUGUUGGCAGCUUUCCAGACCUGCCAACCCCAACAAGCAACCAUGACCAUAGCUACAUAAAGCAGCCAUUGUCAGAAAUGGAUGAUAUGGAAGGUUCUACAGCGUGUUCAAAAUCUGUUCCACAGCUGGAGGAGCAGAUUGCAGAGUUAGAGAAUGAAAUCAAAACUCUUAAACUGUCGAAACCAAGACUGACGCUGCAAGAUAUAAUUCAUGAUACAGAUAAAAUGCUGUUGUACACGUCAUUCCCAACAGAUGUUUUUCAAGUGCUGGCGAGCAUGGUUCAGAGGAUGGCCCCAUUCAACUAUUAUGCUGGUUGGACUGUCACAUGCUUUAGCAUUCAGGAUCAAUUUCUGAUGGCUUUGAUGAAACUAAGGUUGAAUUGUAAGGACCUAGAUUUAGCUGUCCGGUUCAAUACCAGCAGGGCAACUGUGUCUAACGUUAUAAACACCUACAUAUCUGUAUUGCAUGAAAUACUACAUGAUGGUGUUUUAAAGGCAGUAGGAAUUCCAAGCCAGCUGAAAUGCAAAGGCUCCAUGCCAAAAUCAAUUGAAGAUUUCACCUCUGCUAGAAUCGCUAUGGAUGCUACAGAAAUCAUACAAGAUGUGCCAUCAGAUAUGAACAGUCAGUCGCUGUCUUACAGCAGCUACAAAAGCAGACACACUGUGAAGGCUGUAACCUGUGUUGCUCCAAAUGGUGCACUUGUUUACAGUUCAGAUUUAUACCCAGGUUCCACAUCCGAUGCUGCAAUUGUCGAACAUUGUCAUGUUCUAGACCAGCUUCAGCCUGGAGAUCUAAUUCUAGCAGACAAAGGAUUUAAUAUAUUUGAUAAACUUCCAGCUGGUGUUUCAUUAAAUAUUCCACCAUUUUUAUCCAGUAAAGGACAUUUUACUAAGGAAGAGGCUGAAUUGUGUUUCAAAAUAGGAAGAAGUAGAAUCCAUGUUGAAAGAGCAAACGAAAGAAUAAAAAAAUAUGAUAUUUUAAAUCAUAUUCCUGCUCAGUAUAGACAUAUGUCAACCAAAAUAUUUCAACUAUGUUGCUGUUUGGUUAACCAUCAGGCACCAUUAUUGAAGGAAAUUGCUGAUAAAUAUGAGAUUUUGGAGUGA